AUGUGCGACAUGAAGUUUAUUCAGAAGUAUCAUCUGGACAGGCACAAACGGGUCCAUAGUGGGGAGAAACCGUUCCAAUGUGAGAGAUGUAAGCAGGUAUGUCAAUCUAUAUUUCUUUUUUCUCAGCCUCAGCCCAAGACUGUUUUGCACAUUUUGCCAGAUUAUUCUUACAUGCCUUGCUGA